GGGUGGAGGGGCGCGCGCGCUCGUUCAGUUGACGAGCGUGCUCGGUUCAGUCGAGUAGUGUCUGCGCAUUGGUGAAGUUCGUUACGAGUGUUACAUUCUUUGUUUAGUAGUCGGUCAUCUGCCACUCUGUCGAUAUCGUAGCAUGUGCCCACCAGUUCACAGUCACGUAUACGUUUACCUGCCACACCAUCAGCCCCACAAUAAACUUGUCUCUUACGGCUACCGUUAGGGUUGCCGUAACGCCGUGUCUGUUUGUUGUGUUACUCCUAGAAAGAAAGAAAGAAAGAAAAACCGGUAACGGAGCUUUCGCCCAAAGAAUGUCCAAGCUGUAGUUCACAGCCUGAAGAGUUUUCAUAGGUGUGCAUAGUGAUAGCAUGAUUUCUUUUUGGAUAUUUUAGUGAGUCUGCUCGGAACCGCGGUCCUAUUCCGGUGGCUGAGUUUGCACGUGUAUACCAGUGGUGCUACUUGAUCGCGACGUAAACGACACGAUCGCGCACGGGUGAAGAUCAACGAGAAAGAAAGAAAGAGAAAAGGGCGACACGCACGCGAAGAAGGAAAAGAAGAAGAGGAAGCGAGAAGAAGCGAGUGAACGGAGCAGAAAGAAAGAUCGGGGACAAGAUACGAAAUUGCGAGAGCAACCGAACACGACCGCACGAACCGAAGACGGAAACUGGCCGAGGGGCAAGAUAGAAAGAGACAGCGAGAGAAAUCUCAUUUCGACGGAGAGCAACAUCACAGGCCACAAGCCAAGAUGAGCUGUUGCACGAGUGCCCCGAUUGUAACUCAAACCUGCGAGACACUUCUGAGCAAGUGCGAGGUGCCGAUCAUCGACCUCGCUCAUAUGGGGACUGAGAGAUGUCCUCAGAAGGGUGUUGUGAAGCAAGUGGCUUCGAAGCUGUUAAGGGCACUGUCCGAGAAAGGACUGGCCUUGCUCGUCAACCAUGGCAUUCCGGAAUGCAAGAUGAAGGCGGCCUACAGAACUUUCGAUGCGUUUUGCGAACUCCCAGAGGAAACUCGAGCCAAAUACGAACGCAACGAGGGCAAUUACGGAUACGUGAAACCAGGACCAUCAAAAUGCACCGAUGAGAAAGAAGCUCGACAUGUUUUCAAUGUGACAGGAAGCGGUGGAGCCCUUCCGGACGAGGAGGUGCCUGGUUUCAAAUCGGCGGUCGACGAACUCGCUCGUGAUUUCAAGCAGCUAUCUGCGAUGCUUUUAACCGCUCUGGCCGUGGGCCUAGAGCAAUCUCCUGAUUUCCUGCUGUCGAAGCAUUCGCACAUGCUGGAACCUGGCAACGAGUCAACUCUUCGUCUUCUUUACUAUCCACCUCUUGGUGCACCAGCGCCAGGAUUGACUCGUUGUGGCGCACAUUGCGACUAUGGGACUUUCACUUUAUUGGCACAGGAUUGCGAAGGUGGUUUAGAAAUACAGACUCCAUAUGGUGAACGAUGGGGAAGAGUCGGUCAUCUCCCAGGUGCCAUUUUGGUGAACACUGGCGACAUAUUAGCAAACUGGACGAACAACCAAUUACCAGCGCUGAGACACCGAGUCGUUGUGCCAGAACAUUGUGGUCGGGGCCGUCAUUCCAUUGCAUUUUUCGUCCAUCCAGAUACCAAUGCUCCUGUUGAGCCGUUAGAUACAAAAAUCGCCAAGGCGAACCAAGAAUCAGCGCCGUGCCGUUUGCAGAAGAAGAAACGCGGCGUUUUGACCGCGUAUCACCAUAUUCAACGUCGACUCCGAGAAACUUACGCUUCUUAAGAUGUUAAUACAGUUUUUACAUCUUCUCGUUUCAGAAUAAAGAUACCUUGGUAAAAUUACCGGUUGAAAUUUGCGCGGGGAAAGACUUGAAACUUUUAACGUUAAUGUAACUUGAUCGAUUUUUAUAAAUCUGUGACAAUGCAAGUUCUUCUUUUUUUCUUCUUUUUAAAGAAGCGUUGUAUGCAAAUAAGAAACAGAACAGAUCGAUUAUUGAUCGUGAUGGCUCAAUUAUGGCUCGUUCGCAUCUGUUUCAAAUAAAACAAAGGUUCCGUUGAUAAAAGUGUAAGAAAUACAGUGUUGCAUCACAAAGGCAAUAAUAAAGAAAUUUGUACUUACAUUUUGUAAAAAUGCAUUUUAUACAAAUAAUUUAAUUUGCCAUUAAUAAAACGAAAAACAGGUCAA